ACGCGACCUCGUGCGGAUCGGUCGUCGUCUGUCUCUUUCCCUUUCUCUUUUCAACAUAAUCAUAUAAUUACUUCGGAAGUAUCGCUUAUCGCUUUUGUAUCUUAAACGAAAUAGAUUAUUAAACUCGCGUGCGCCCUUAAAAUCGAAUAUUUUUUUCAUGACCGUUCAUGAAGGUGUGUGUUAAGAAUAUGUGUGUAUGUUAAAUCGUAAGAUUGAAAAAGUUUUCCUCAGUGAAAAGUUUAUCAGCUAGUAUUUCGAAUCAAUUUCAUUAAACAAUUACCAUUAGAGACCGAGAAGACAUUUAUCUGAUUGUUCCAAUAGCUUCGUCGUCGUCGUCAUCGUCGUCGUUGUCGUCUCGAUCAAGGAUUUGCAAGAUGUGCUAAACAAAAAAGUGAAAAGAGCAGUUCUGAACGAUUAAGAAGCCAUGUAAAUCGAAGAAGAGGAAGCCAAAUCUGAUUUUAAAUUUUUCAUUCAAAAGUAUCAUUCAAAUCGUUCGAUGCCAAGUGAUUUUAAUCGAAGAUAUGUGAAAAUGAAUGAAAAGAUUUAAUUGCCGCGAUGAUUUUCUGACGAACUAAGACUUCACUUCAUCCCUUCCUUUAAAUCUCUUUAAAACCGAUCCUCUCUCGUUGAUCCAAUCAUUAAAAUUUCAUAUUAAUCCAAGCGAUAGAGGAUUCUCGAGAGUAUUUUCGUAAAUUAAAAAAGAGAGAGAGAGUGAGAGAAACAAAAACAAAAAUUAAGAGAGAGAGAGAGAGAAAGAGAGAAAUCUUAUCGAGAUGGAAGAGGAUGAUACAGAGGAUAUGCCGGUAACUUUGACCAACAAAUUGAUAAAGAAAAAAACUAUGUCGACAACGAGAAAGAUAAUGAACGCGCAGGCAUAUACGUCAGCUAGAACAUUUUCCGGUGGUCAGAUCACUAUUCGUAGACAAGACUCGGCCGAUGAAUCCGACACGAUGGAAUAUGCUUCCGAAAACGAGGUCGAGAAUAUACCUAAGGACGAGGAAUGUCCCGAGCCACUUGUGAUCGAUGAGAAAGGCAAUAGGAUAUCCGGAACGGACAGACACUCCGUUGAUCUUCCUGAAGAAGCCGAGUCGCUUUUGAUGGGUCAUCAAAAGAGUAGUCAUCGUUUUUCAUCGACGACGAUCUGUGUUAACGAGGAGGACAUGACACAUAACACCAGUAGUAGAUACUCCGGCACUAGACUGGGUCUUUUCAUGAGUAGACGAAGUCCGCAAUCCAGUUCAAGUCAGGAAGAUUAUGAGCCUGAAGUGAAAAGUUUGUCUAGAUUGCAAAGACAGCAUCAUCAUCUGCAACAACAACAACAACAACAACAACAACAGCAACAACAACAGCAACAACAUCUUUUAACAGCUGGUGGUAGUAGUGGCCAAGUGACAGCAAGAUCAAUGGAAAGCUUACGUUCCUCGAGAAACUUUCUCAGUGCCGACGAUCGUUAUAGCGACGAACGAAAGUCUUUAGAAUCUUUAUCCUCCUCAUCGGAAACCCAUUUGACAACUUCAAAAAGUCACUAUCGUAGUUUCUUAACGUCAUCGAGCAAGGACGUACGUAGGAUUAUAACUCAGGUCGAGUCUAAAAGCAGCGAAAAUCUUCAUCGCGAAGAAAGCUUGAACGCCGAGGUUCGUCGUGGACUUUUUGCAAAUACAGGGCUCGAAAGAAAAUUACCUCAACAUUUAAGCCUUCCACCGCCGUCAAACGUUUUCUCAUUGACAAGUCCCGGUGGCAGCGAUCGAAAGAUCACUAUACUUAGUCCUCAUUCACCUAUUAACUCAACGGAAUUUCAAUUCUCCGCGCAGACUUUGAAGAGCAGGAGGAAGAAGGCCAUCGUCUUGCCUAGGUUGGUGUUGCCCCGAAGCGAAUCCGAAGUUUUUUUAGAUUUCGACGUCGAAAAUGGAGCUUCGACGUUGGACGGUGGUGCCGGUGGCGGUGGAGGAGCCUCGCCAAGUGCAGGCUUGGUUCUCCAAACGCUACCACAAAGAAGGGAAAGUUUUCUUUAUCGGAGUGACAGCGAUUUUGAGAUGUCACCGAAGUCGAUGUCACGAAACAGUUCCAUUGCCAGUGAAAGGUUCAAAGAGACAGAGCUUCCUGUCGAGCGAGCGAUAUUUACCGAUCAGUACAGUCAUGGAGAGGAUCUCAUCGUUACGCCGUUCGCGCAGAUACUCGCUUCUCUUCGUGCGGUUCGGAACAAUUUCUUGUCGCUCACGAAUGUCCCGACCAACAAAUCACGAAGGAGUAGCGGGGCGCAGGGUAGCAGUACGCCACAGCCACGGAUCCUGGCACCCGGAGAGGAGCCCUACAUAAAACUUGCCGUGGAAACGAUGGAAGAAUUGGAUUGGUGUUUGGACCAGCUGGAAACUAUUCAGACUCAUCGGUCCGUGUCCGAUAUGGCCUCCCUUAAGUUCAAGAGAAUGCUGAACAAGGAACUCCUUCACUUCUCGGAAUCGUCCAAGUCCGGGAAUCAAAUAUCUGAAUAUAUCUGCAAUACUUUCCUAGACAAGCAGCAAGAACUCGAUUUGCCAUCUUUGCGGAUCGAAGAUGCGGUCGCAGCAGCCGGAAGCGUGGACGCUCGUGCCGCCAAGAAGAAGGACAGGGUACAGAGGGGCCCAGCUGCUAUGUCGCACAUUAGUGGCGUUAAAAGGCCACUCACGCACACUAACAGCUUCACGGGAGAACGAGUACCCCUUCACGGAGUGGAAACACCACACGAGGAGGAACUUGGCAAGUUAUUGUCGGACAUCGACAAGUGGGGCAUCGACAUCUUCAGGAUAGGCGAGCUCAGUAAUAAUCGACCUCUCACCUGUGUCGCUUAUACGGCCUUCCAAAGCCGAGAUUUGUUGAAGUCGUUGGCAAUACCGCCGAAGACCUUCGUUACCUUCAUGAUGACCCUUGAGGAUCAUUACGUGAAGGAUAAUCCCUUCCAUAACAGUCUUCACGCCGCCGAUGUGACCCAAUCCACUCACACAUUACUCAACACACCCGCCCUCGAGUCUGUGUUUACGCCGUUGGAGAUCACAGCAGCUCUGUUUGCGGCCACGAUCCACGACGUGGAUCAUCCCGGGCUAACGAAUCAGUUCCUUAUCAAUUCGAGCUCCGAGCUCGCCCUGAUGUACAACGACGAGUCCGUAUUGGAGAAUCAUCACCUUGCGGUGGCGUUCAAGCUUCUGCAGAACGAAGGUUGCGAUAUAUUCGUGAAUAUGACGAAAAAGCAACGGCAAACCUUAAGGAAAAUGGUGAUCGACAUGGUCCUAUCAACGGACAUGUCGAAGCACAUGUCCCUAUUAGCAGAUCUGAAAACAAUGGUAGAAACGAAGAAAGUCGCUGGUUCUGGCGUAUUACUUCUAGACAAUUAUACAGAUCGCAUACAGGUGUUAGAGAAUCUCGUUCAUUGUGCGGACCUGUCGAAUCCAACGAAACCAUUACCGCUUUAUCGACGAUGGGUGAGCCUAUUGAUGGAGGAGUUUUUCCUCCAGGGUGAUCGAGAGCGCGAACAGAACAUGGACAUAAGUCCUAUGUGCGAUAGGCACAGCGCUACGAUCGAGAAGUCGCAGGUCGGCUUUAUCGAUUAUAUUGUGCAUCCGCUUUGGGAAACCUGGGCAGAUUUGGUACAUCCUGACGCUCAAGAGAUUUUGGAUACGUUGGAAGAGAAUAGAGAUUGGUAUCAGUCGAUGAUACCACCAUCACCACCGUCCGACGAUCAACAACAGCUACAGGCUGGAAACGAUCAACAACAACAGUCCGAUAAAAAACAUUUUCAAAUGACAUUGGAAGAAGGUGAUGAGAGCGGAGAGACAUUAGAGGGUAACGACGGUGGUGGUGAUGGCGAUGGUGGUGGUGGCGGUGGCGGCGGCGGUGGCGGCGGUCAGACAACAACAUUUUCAAGCCAGGACGUGGGCGUUGAGAACGAUGAAAACGGCGCGGAUGCUGGAAUGUGACGGAGGCUCGCCGGUAUCUGCAAGAAGCUCCACGAGAAGGUGCAGCAGACUUGGUGGCGCGUGCGUCAGUGACACGAGCACGAGCAGGAGAGCCGCGCUGGCUGCAGGUCGCGGUGUUGCUCUGCUGACGCAACGAUAAAAAGGAUCCAUCCUUUUGUCCUUGGUAUAUUCCUGAGCACGUCGAAGUUGCCUGGAUUAAUAAGUAAUAUCCUGGGCUUUAUUAUUGAUCGUUGUUUAACGAGCGAUGAAGAUGCGCUUGCUUGGUUAAAGACUGCUAAUAUAAGUGCUGAAAUUUUUGGGCACUGACGGAAGAAAAGAAAAACAAAGAUGAGAGAAAAAAAACUGAGAAACUGAAUAGGAUCGUAGGAUAAAAGAAAGAAUUAAAACAAAAAAAAAACAAAAAAAAAAACAAAAAAAAAGACAGAAAAAAAAGGAAAAAAAAAUACAAGAGAGAGGAAAAAAAUUACCAGCACUCCCUCCCUCCCCCUCGUUGCUCGCCCUGGUUCUCUUCUUGUCGUUGUCACCAAUAUCAGUAACAACAGCAGCAGCAGCACCACCACAACCACCACUCAACCAACAUCACCGCCGUUCUCUGUCGUCGCUUAAAAAAAACUUUAGAAAACGCGACGAUUUGACGGCUCGUUGUCGACGCAUCAUCCUCGAAAAGCGGAACGCUCUCUUUUUCUCUCUAUAUCUCUCUAUCUCUCACUCUCACUCUCUCUCUCUCGUACGCGGAAGUGAAGAUCGUUCGUGACUUCUAUUUUCGGGCGGUACACUACAAAUGGAAAAAGAAGAAGAAGAAGAAAUACGAUCUUCAAUCAACGGGAUGGCGUGUUGGCGGCUGGUCCGAAACGCGUCGCGUCCGAAGAGAAACGAGAAAAGGAUUUGUCCUGGACGAGAGAUAUAUAACAAGUAUUGUCGCGCUUCAUGCGAAGAAUAUUCUGUCCUCGUCGUUGUCGUCAUCGUUCUCCUCAUCGUAACUCCAUUACCUGAUUUUUUACCUUUCUCUCUUUCUCUCUCUUUCUCUCUCUCUUUCUCUCUCUCUCUCUCUCUCUCUUUCUCUCUGACUCUAUCUCUAUCCUUUUCUAUCUCCUUUAUCCUUUCUCCUUUCGUUGUUAUUUCUUGUUCUCCUUUCUCCUUUCCGUUAUUUUCUACGAUUGGUUUCGAUCGCACUGAAGAAAGACUAUUUUGGAAAUGAACGGUGCAUCUUUUGUCCUCUUUCAAUUAUCUCUUUAUUUCUUAUUCUUUCUCUCUCUCUCUCUACCUCCUUCCCUCUAUCUAUCUAUUUAUCUAUCUGUCUAUCUAUCUGUCUAUCUAUCUCUACCUCUAUUUCCUAUCUCAUUGAAGUUAAAGUAAUAAUAAACGGAGGGAUUGAAUCUCUUUCUUCACAAUGUACCUGCGCAAAUAAAGCGAGAUUCUGUUUUUCACGAUUGGUCGACAAUCGGUCGAUGCUCGAAAAAAAGAAGAAGAAGAAGAAGAAGAAUAAGAAGAAGAAGAUGAAGAAGAAGAUGAAGAAAAAAAUGAAGACAAAAAAAAAGAAAUAGUAGAAGAAGAAGAUAUAAUGAUUUAUGAGGAUAAAGAAAUGAAAAAAAGUUAAGAUGGGAGUUUAUACUUGCUACGUGCUACGCAUAAACGAAAGGCACUAAAACUUCGCUUGAGAAAAGACGAAGACAAAGAAUCGCACAGGAUCCUCAACGACAUAUCAAAACAUUGAACGGUACAAUAAUGGUGUAAGAUUUUAUUCCGAAGGAUUCGUAGUUGGAUUUCGUGGGCUCGAUUAAUAUCGUAUUCGUAUAUCUAAUCUAUGUAAUAUAUAUAUAUAUAUAUAUAUAUAUAUAUAUAUAUAUAUGUAUGUAUAUAUAUAUAUCUCUUUCUCUCUGUCUCAUACGAUUGAAACAUACGCAAAGCUUUUCCACAUAGAAUAUUGUUUAGAUGUGACCAUCGUCGAAAGAUUAAAUAGAUGCAAUCGUGUUGGAAUUCAAAGUACAAAAUAAAAGAAGGAAAAAGAAAGUAUGAAUGGACGACGAAUGAGGAAAAAAAGAAGAAAAUAAAAGAAAAAAGAAUGGAAGAGAUACACGCGCACGUGUAUUAACAAUAAUCAAAAAAUGAUAUGAUAAAAAAUGGACCACCCUUGGGAAAAUCUUAGAAAAAGAAUGGAAUUUAUAACUCGUAAGGUAACAAUGCACGUGCACGAGGUAUUUGCAUAAUUUAAAAAAAAAAAAAGAAGAAGAAGGAAAAAGAAACUUCCUAUCUUUGAUUCUUCCAUGAAUAAUGUGGAUCAUCAUUCGAGUUGAUAUAAUAUCUAUAAAAAUGAUUGACAACAGUGUUUAUUUUUCAUGAACGUGCAAAGAUUUUCAUCGUAAUUUGUCAGAUAAAGACGAGUCGUAAUCUUCGUUAAGGAAGCAGACAGCCACGUUUUAAGACGAAGAUAACGAAUAAAAAAAGAAAAGAAAAAGAAAAAAAAAGAGAGAGAGAGGGAGAGAGAGAAAGAGAGAAAAGGAGAGAGAGAAAGAGAGAGAGAAGAGAGAAAGAGAGAGAAAUAGAAAUAGAAAUAGAAGUGGAAAAGACGAAAGUAAGAAGGAAAAAAGAGACUAUUAUAUACCGGCGUAAAAGAUGUUAUAUGUGAAAAGACAGACAUGAUUAAUUUUAAUAUAAUAACUCUGCGUUAGAAAAAAGAGCUGGACUUUUUAGGUUUGUAUAUUAAAAUUAAUUCAUUCGAAACUUGCUAGGAGAGAAAACAAAAAACAAAAAAGAAAAAGAAAAACAGUAAAGAAAAGAGAAACAAUGCUCUUUCUUCUUGUGAUCAAAAUGAAGAAGAUAGAAAAAAAAAAAAGAAAGAAACAGGAAUAAAAAAUUAUAAAAAAUAUUGAGGAACAUUGCGCGACAUGACACACAUACAUAUAUAUAUAUAUAAAAUACGCUCUUUUGUACACUUGCGCUAUUUCUUAACACGGGGUUAGACACGGAUGAACACAUACAUGCCUACAUACAUAUAUAUGAUAAAACAAAAUGUAAAACGCAUAUAUACAUAAUACUGACAUCUCAAACUAUCACGAUUUUAUCAUGCAUUUUACGCUACUAUAUAAUGCAAAUAAUGAACGACGAAGGCGCGCGAGCGCGCGUCGAAGUCUAAUGAGGAAGUUAAAUUCUUUUUAACCAAAGAGUAAUAUUAGUGAUUGUCGUUAUAAAUCGAUCAUCGAGUACGAAAGCGCCCACGUACGCGACAUUAUUUAAAAUUGCCGAUACGUUUCACGCGGCAACGAACCGUAUUUUCUCUCUUGGCUUUUAGCGAGAUCGAUAGAAAAUAAUGGGAAAGACCUGUGUGUAAUCCGUGUUUAUAGAACAACACUUGCGCAGAUCGAUGUAUUAUGGCAAACAACAAAAAUACCACAGAUAUUAUAACGGGGUUGGGGGGAAGGGGAAAGGGGGGAGAAAAAAAAGACGAAAAAGACAACAAAAAAAAAAAAAGAAGAAGAAAAGAAAAGAAAAAAUACAACUUCGCUUUAAUAAUGUUUGUGAAACAAACGCGAAACUUUCUAAGUUGUAUACCUUCGACGUUCUAGACGAUCUUCGCGUGAUGUAUAAAGAUCUGAUUUCAAAGUCAUGUCGAUUUUUGACGUGGCUCAUAUUGUAGAGAGAGAGAGAGAGAGAGAGAGAGAGAGAGAGAGAGAGAGAGAGAGAGAGAGAGAGAGAGAAAAGAAAGAAAAGAAAGAAAAGAGAAUGAAAAAAACCAUUGAAGAUCCUCUGAACGUCGAUCGUUUGGUAUUUUUGCAGUGUAAAAGCGCUGAUUCUUCGAAAUCGUCUUCUUUUCUUUCAAAAGGUCGUUCGUACUUUGCUUCGAUUAAGAGAUUCUUGUAAAUUUUUUAGCAAGAAAUAAUAAUACAAAGAGAAAAAGAACAUUUAAAUAUAUAUAUAUAUAUAUAUAUAUAUAUAUAUAUGUCGUAUAUAUAUAUAUAUACAUAACAUAACUGAGUUGAAAAACUAAAAAUAAUCGAAGCUUAUACGAAUGGCUUGUGUUAUAAUCAUGUAAUAGCGAAGAUCAGCCUAAAAGAGGAGGAAAAAAAAAACAAGUAAAAAGUCGUAUACACAUUUAGAUAAUAAGCUCCUUCUAACUGUCGUACGUGAAACGCGGAAGGAUUAUAAUAAUAAUAAUAAUAAUGAUGAUGAUCGAGGAAAAGAAAAAAGAGAGAAAAACAAGAAAACAGAAAAAAAAUUUGAGAAGGAGACUCAUGUAUGUGUGUGUGUGUGUUUGUGUGUAUAUGUUUGAGCGUGCGCGCGUGUGUGUGUGUGUGUCUGUGUGUGCGUAUGAAUGUGUGUGGUAUCUCUUUUGGUCCACGUAAUCGUAUCAACUAUCGAGAACGAAAAAAAAAUCUGUAUCUAUGUCCGUAGGCAGUGAUCUAGUGAGUGUUUUGGUGCUGGUCACCAAGCUUAGAAUUAUUAUAUUUAAUUAUAAGAUUUACGAAGUACACGAUUAGAUUGUAAGCUGAUGAAAAAGAGAAAAAAAAAGAAAAAGAAAAAAAAAACAAGAAGAAAUCAACUUAACGAAGUUUCUUAGGGCAUAAGCAACGAGGUUAUGAAUAAAAAUUAAUAAUUAUCUAUUAAACACAAAAGAACUGAGGUCAGGAAACCAAAAAGUAAAAAAAAAAAAGGGAGGAAGGAGGAAGAAAAGAAAGGGGUGAAAAAAAAAGUAAUUAACUUUGUCGUCGUCAGUUUAUGACGGAUAAAUGAAAAAAGAUAACAACUGGAAGUUAGUAAUAAAAUUUAAAUGAAUCGUCCGAUAUGUCUAAGAUGAUGUUGUGUUUAAUUAGAAAUCGUGAGGAAUAUACAUACAUAUAAAUAUAUGUGUAAGCGAUCAUUUUCGACAUUCGAGAAUGAAUAUAAAAGUAAACAAUUAUCGCGAAUGCGCAGGUACAAUUUAUUUUACGCACCUUAAACUUCCAACACUAUCUUUCUCUCUCUCCAUCUCCAUCUAUCUCUCUCGCUCUCUCUGCCUCUCUCCCUUCCUCCCUUCCUCUCUCUUUUCUCUCUGUCUCUCUCUCUCUCUCUCAUAACCGUUUGUCAAUUGUUCAUUACGAAUAAAGAAAAAAAAAAGAAGGAAUGAAAAGUAUUAAGGACAAAAUGAAAAAAAAUAAUUAAACAAAAAAGAAAACCAACCAAAAAAAAAACAAAAUAUAAAAUACACACAAAAAAAAAAGAGAGAAAAAAAAUAAACAAUAAGCAAGGAGAAGAAAAAACGACAAAAAAAAAAACAAAACAAAACAAAGCACCGAUCGCGCGACGUUAGUCUUUAAUUUCUUCGGGUGAUUCGAAACUUACAUUAGAGUAAUGACGAUGUUUUACAAAGUGUGACAAUUACCGAUAACUUCCUGAGAUACGAUAGUAAACAGCGAUGAUGAUAAUGAUGAUGAUGAUGAUGAUGAUGAUGAUGAUGAUGAUGAUGAUGAUGAUGAUGAUGUCGAUGAUGAUGAUAAUGUUGAUGAUGAUGAUGAUGAUUUUUGAUGUGAUGAUGAUGAUGAUGAUGAUAAUCACGGUGACAAGAGAAAAUUAAAAAUACAACGUGUUUGAUUGCUGGACAGUUAAAUGAACAUGUAUUAAUAUCGUGUAACCCUCGUACGAAAUAUAUGUGUAAUAAAAACAUAUUUAUUGUCGGAA